AUGGUACGCGGGACGCAGAAUGGCCAAGAGUUCAUUGGAUCGUCCUGUGCCAUGGCACUGUUCACCGAUCAGGGACUGCAGUGGAUCUCCCAGUCAGUCAACAACUCCAAGAGCCUGGACUCGUUGCGAAACCUGAUGGCUUCAAUCAUGUCCUUGUUGAAGCUUCCGGACCCAGAGUUUCAUGGCGAGAUUGCUCUGGAGGUGAAAUUGUCGCGGACGCCACUUCCAUCCGAGGAUAUGGCGAGGAGAUAUGUCCAGGUGUAUUUCGAUCAAGGUCAAUGGGGCGAGUUCAUGAAAGACUGCGAAAGUUUCUGGAAAGAUCCUUCUCGCGCUGGUCCUCAAUGGUACGCGGUCUAUAAUAUGGUUCUGGCAAUUGCAGUACGAUCGCAUCUCCGCUCGAAUUCGCCGUCUCUAUUCAAACAGGCCGAGGACUCAGCAGCCAGAUACAUGAAAAACGCGCUAUCAGUUCAGCAGGAGAUGCUGCAGCAGCGCACGACUCUACACACCGUUCAGUCGAUCUUCGCUCAAGGCAUCGCAGGCAGGGAGACUGAAUAUAUCUAUUCUGCGAUUGCCAUCCGCCUGGCUCAGGGACUAGGAAUGCACAGAACGCCUCUCAAGGUUUGGAACUUGACGGCCAGUGAAGCCCAGGAGAGAAACCGAGUCUAUUGGUCUCUGUACUCUCUUGAGAAGAUCUGCGCCUACCACUCUGGGCGACCUUCAGUGAUCGAUGACGACGACGUCACUUGUCCUUUCCCGCGACAAGUGCUUGAGAAAUCUUGCAGCGGCAUGAACGCCGUUGAGGAGAAGGGUGAUCUGUUUCUUAACAUUGCUAGAUAUGCCAGACACUGUGCCAGCAUAAGCCAGCAGCUCUUUUCGGCGACUUCCCUGACGCGAGACCCGAAAGAGAUAGUCAGCAACAUCGUCGCCUUAUACGACGAUCUCAAGAGAUGGUGGGCUGCCACGGAAGUAUGUGCGAAUCCUCUGGAUAUUGACCAACUCCCCAAUGUUUCUGGCAUGUCGACAGGAUUGGAGUUGGCACAACACGUCGUUUUGCGCAGUUGGUACUACACCUCACUGUUCUCCCUGCACCGGGCAUGUCGAGUGUCGGGGUUCGUCAUUCUCGAGAAAAUGGUUGCCGACAUUAGUCCAGAACACGACAUGAAAUUGAAACAAAUAGCAGAAGACGGAGUUGCCGCAGCUCGGUCACUGUGUCUUCUCAUUCAGCAGCUCAAGAUCGAGCCGCAGACACCCACGUGGUUGAUAUUGUACUUUCCGAUCAUGGGAGUUUUGACUCUUUUCAUCAAUGUCGUGUCCAACCCAGCGGCUCCGACCGCGGCCAGCGACAUCGCCAUCAUGGAGAUCGUGACAGGAACUUUUGGCCGUCUCGAGUUCAUCACACAAGGUCGAUUAGCCUUGACCAGGAUUGGAGAGCUCGCCAGUAUUGCUCGAGCCGUAGUGGAGCAGGACAUGGCCUCACAGCAGGGAGGGGAUUUUGGCCCCUUGGGUGACGAGUUUCUCUCCGGUGAGCUGCAUAAUUUCGAGUUGCCCAUCCUCGAAGACGAACUGGCAUCGGAGAGGCUGGAGUUCUGA